AUGCAUCCUGCCCCUCGCCACAGCCUGCCCCUUGCUGCACUCCUGCUCUGCCUCCUCCUGCAGCAGCUGGGCAGCAGCAAGGCAUGGAAGCAGCAUGCUCCACGCCUUCGUCUCGCCUACAAAGAUGUGCUGAAAUCCAACAGCUCUCGCCUGCUGCUGGCCUCAGGGGACGGGCUGGAUUUCCAAGCCCUUUUGGUGGAUGAAGACAGAGCCUGGCUGAUGGUGGGAGCGAAAAACCACAUCUUCCUGCUCCACCUGGACCAUCCCAGCAGGGAGCCUGAGAAGAUUUUCUGGCCAGCUUCCCGGGAGCAGGUCGAGCAUUGCCAGCUGGCUGGGAAGAAUGUGGAGACAGAGUGUGCCAACUUCAUCCGCCUCCUCCAGCCCUUCAACAGGACUCAUGUGUUUGCCUGUGGGACAGGCUCCUACCAGCCCGUCUGUGCCUUCAUCCAGCUGGGAGCCAGGGGGAAGGGUCCCGGGGCUCCCCCCAUGCGGUUGGUGACUCACUCCUUGGAAUCAGGGCGAGGACGGUGCCCAUACAGCCCCCAUGAACCCUUCACAGGACUCCUUGUGGAUGGAGAGCUGUAUUCCGGCACCUCCAGUGACUUCAUGGGCAGCAGCGCUGCCUUCUUCCGGACCUGGGUCCAUGGGGCUGAGCAGAGCUACAUCCGGACAGAGCAGAACCAGGACCACUGGCUGCACGAGCCUGCGUUCGUCGGUGCUUAUGCCAUCCCUGAUACUUACAACCCACACGAUGACAAGGUCUACAUCUUCUUCCGUGAGAGGGCUAUGGAAGCUGGGCAGUGGGAGAGGAGGCACAUCCAUGCCAGGGUGGCCCGGGUCUGCAAGAACGACGUUGGAGGGAAGCACAGCCUCAUCAACCGCUGGAGCACGUUCCUCAAGGCCCGCCUGGUGUGCUCCAUCCCCGGGCCCCAUUUUCAGCACGCUGUGGAGGACGUUUUCCUCCUGCGCACCCGGGACCCCCAGAAUCCCCUCAUCUUCGGCCUCUUCACUGUCUCCAGUGGUGUCUUCAGCGGCUCUGCCGUCUGCGUCUACUCCAUGGCUGCCGUGAGAGCUGCCUUCAGCGGCCCCUUCGCACACAAGGAGGGAUUCGACUACCGCUGGGUAGAAUACAAGGGCCGUGUCCCCUAUCCCCGUCCUGGCACG